CAAAGAUCGAUGCUGGCUGGUAGCAAGAGACAAGAUCGAGGACUGGACAGGGGAUAAUGCAGUGGAAGAGAAGAGGUUGAACGCAAGGAUGGAAAUGGCGACAGAGCAGCAAAGGGCAAGGGCAGAGCUAAAGCCGCAGCCAGAGCCUGAGCUGAAGAUGAAAAUGUGAAAAGCAACCAAGGCCAAAGUGAAGAUGCAGAGGGCAGACGAAGACGAAGACGCAGACGCAGACGCAGAAGCAGAUGCAGCGAUGAUAUGCUGAUGACGAUGUCGAGGUCGAUGACGAUGACGACGAUGACGACUGACGGCCAGAGCCUUGUGCGCAAUUGCGAAGCCGCGGGAUGGACGAAGCCGACUGGGCCUGGACUUGACGACAAUGUGAAGCAAGACUCAAGAGAGACGUACCAUGACUUCAGAAGAGGCCAACCUGAGGGCCAGGAACGUGCAGGAGCUCCAGCUGUUGCAAAGCGCUGGCGGGGUGCAGGGCUUGGAGAUGGGAGCCGAAGAAGGCGCGCGUGUGUGGCGGCAGUCGACCGUGCUGACGGAUUUUUUUUGGGGGAGUCGCAGCGGGAGCAACGGCAGCAGCCUCAGCGGGGGGCUAUAACGCGGUGGCCGCCUGUAUGGACUGUGCUAAUGGUCGGAGACACAGAUACAGACGGGAUUUUGUUAUUGGACCGCACGGAGAAUGAGGACGGAAGAAGCAAGAAAAAAUUAUGAAAAACGAGCACAGCGCCGCAGUGUCUUAUUGGCCAGGUCUUAGUAACCAAAAAAGUUGCACAGCGAGGCGGGUAGCUGUGGCGGCAUGGAUAAGAGGCGGACAAAGAAUGGAGCUUGAGUUGCAAGCCAGCAACUAUACGCUGGCGAUGGGUUUGUCAAGAAAUAAGAGAGAAGAUGCAGGUUUGGCCAGUAGUAAUAG